AUGGGGCGUGAGGACGGAAUCAUGUUGAAUGUCCAACACUCCAUGCCGGAGACCUCUUCCCUGGAUGCCGCCCCACAAAAGUCAGGUACGGUGCAGGACAAGCAAGAUAUGUGGCGUGUCGGGCGAGAUCAGGAACUAAACGGAGGUAUGAUUUAUACCUACCUGGGAGGCCUGGUAGGGUUCAGCUUUGUGAUCCUCUCAAUGGCUGAGAUGGCUUCCAUGGCCCCAUUGUCCGGUGGCCAGUAUCAUUGGGUGUCGGAAUUCGCACCUCCUAGUGCCCAGGCCCUAUUGAGUUACAUUACUGGAUGGAUUUGCGUGUUGGGCUGGCACACCGGUAUCGCAGGAUGCUGCUAUACAGUCGCUAACAUGAUGGUUGGCGUGGUUGCCAUAAACUAUCCGGACACGUACACCUAUAAGCCAUGGCAUGUCACACUGCUUGUCAUUGUGGUGGCCCUGGUAGCCUUCAUGUUUAACACAUUCCUAGCCCAAAAGCUCCCUUUGAUCGAAGGUAUCAUCUUGUUUGUGCACUGCUUCGGCUUCUUUGGAAUUUUGAUCCCACUUUGGGUGUUGUCUUCUAGGGUUCCUGCUUCAAAGGUAUUUGGUUCCAUUGAGGACCGGGGUGGAUGGGGUAACAAUGGACUCUCGUGCAUGGCAGGGCUGGUUGGGCCCAUCUAUGCAUUGAUUGGUCCUGACUCGGCAGUUCAUAUGGCGGAGGAAAUUCGAGAUGCAUCGCGAGUACUUCCCAUGAGCAUGGUUUGGACUCUGAUUCUCAACGGGUCCACCGGCUUGGUCAUGAUAAUCACAUUUGCAUUUUGUGUGGGUGAUAUCGAUGAAGUGCUCAAGUCUGAAACAGGCUUCCCAUUCAUUCAGGUCUUCCUAAAUUCCACCGGAUCAGUCAGAGCCACGACAGGAAUGACAGUAGUGAUCAUGAUCAUGCAAUUUUGCGCGGCAAUCAGUAAUGUCGCCACAACCUCUCGUCAGAUCUACUCUUUUGCCCGGGAUAAGGGUCUUCCUUUUUCCGAUUUCUUAGCACAUGUUAACCCAACCUUUACCGUUCCACUGAAUGCCCUUUGCAUCAGUCUCGUUAUCGUCUGUCUCCUCUCCCUAAUCAAUAUUGGGUCUUCUGUGGCUUUCAAUGCCAUUAUGUCCCUCGGCACAGCCGCCCUUCUGUCCUCCUACAUUAUAUCCAUCACCUGCGUUCGUCUUCGACGCUGGCGCAAUCAGCCCCUACCACCGGCACGUUGGACCAUGGGAAAGUUCACCCCCAUCUGUGACACAAUUUCCAUCAUGGUUUUACUAGUGAUAUGGAUCUUCAGUUUCUUUCCACUGAACAAGGAUGUGGACCCGACUACCAUGAAUUGGAGUGUGGUCAUCUUUGGGGGCGUUGUUGCGGUCUCACUUGGGUAUUAUGUAAUUUAUGCCCGGAGAGUCUACAAAGGUCCAGUGAUGCGGGUAAGAAUGAUGCAGGAAUAA